GAGUAUUGAGAUUUACGUCAUCCGAAAAAGUUGCAGUUUUUUUGGUUUGUUUUCUUCCCCAGUGCGGAGGAGAAAGAGAGCUUUUCUCUCUUUGGCUCCUGCUCCCUGUGAAGCUGCUGCGUCGUACCGGAUUCGAGGCGGUUGCACUCCGUUAAAAAGGUUCGUUCGUUUUGGGAUUAUUGGGUCGGUUCUGUUGCUGUCCAACAUGAGCUUCACGGGUCCUUCAAUGGCUUCUGGUGGUAAGACUGCUAGUAAAGCGUUUGAUUUCGGGAAGACGGUUGUGGUUAAGCCCAAAGGCAAGCACCAAGCUACUGUGGUUUGGCUGCAUGGCCUUGGUGAUAAUGGCUCAAGUUGGUCCCAGCUCUUGGAAACCAUCCCUCUUCCAAAUAUUAAAUGGAUAUGUCCAACCGCUCCAACUCGACCUGUAACUCUAUUUGGUGGUUUCCCAUCUACAGCAUGGUUUGAUGUUGAGGAACUUUCGGAGGAUGCGCCGGAUGACUUGGAGGGCCUGGAUGCUGCUGCAACACAUGUUGCUAACUUAUUGUCAACAGAGCCUGCUGAUAUUAAAGUAGGCAUCGGAGGCUUUAGUAUGGGUGCAGCGACUGCGCUAUACUCUGGGGCCUGCUUCUCGGUGGGGAAGUAUGCAAAUGGCAACCCGUUUACAUCUAAUUUGAGUGCAGUUGUUGGAUUAAGCGGCUGGCUUCCUUGUGCAAAGAGAUGGGGUAAAGAACUCGAAGGAGUGGAUGGAGCAGCUGACCGUGCAGCAGCCCUGCCCAUUUUGCUAUGUCAUGGAAAAGCUGAUGAUGUGGUCUCUCACAAAUACGGCGAGAAGUCAUCUCAUGCGUUGAGCUCACUUGGAUUCAAAGACGUAACAUUCAAAUCGUACAGUGGACUUGGGCACUACACAAUCCCUCAAGAGAUGGAUGAGGUCUGCGCCUGGCUAUCGUCCAAAUUGGGGCUCGACACCAGCUCCUCAUCACUAAAGUGACAUGGGAAAUGAGAGGCUGGAAAGAGGGAGGGUCAACAACCUGAUGAAACAAACCAGUGGAGCCAAAAGUUCUAGACAUGUAAGGCUACCCUUUGGUGGUUCACAUUAUUAUUGUAUUGUGAGCAAUGAGAAACUUGGGUUACUCUGCACUCUUUACAAUCAUGAGCUUGAUGUAAUUUAUUAUCCACUUUUGGAUACAUAUAUUCUCUAUGGUAUUUUGACAACCAUAAUGUACAAUUGAAUCGAUUGGUGUACUUUCUUUUGGAUAGAGUAUAAUAGAACAUGUAUGAAUGGCAUGGACCAUUCUGUUCAAUAUUUUGACCGGAUUUGAAGUCGCUUGUUUUGGAUCGAAGUUAGGUCGGAUUCAUCUGUAUCAUUAUAGAUUUGCACUUGUAUAGCCAAAACUAGCAUCGUGUUCUUACAUUUCAUCAACUUAGGAG